AUGGAUGAGGCGUAUGAAGGAGUGGGCAACACACAACACAGUGUGUUGUGUGAGGACGAGAUGACACGAUGGUACGAAGCUAUCUUACAGACGGUUAAAGAAUUUGGUCUCACUCCAACGUGUCAUGACGGUGUGUUGGCUCAAUACGAUGCCUCAUCUCAUCGCACUGGGCAGGAGCAACACAGUCGGAUAAGUUGAGAAGUUCUACGCAUCGAAGUGUCCCCAUUUUUCGGCACUUGUGGGACUUGUUUCGGCCUCUCUAACCGAUUGCAUUCCGUGGCGUCUACGGGAGGUAAUGCUUUACCUGAUGCUGGCUUGACAAACAGUGUUGUGGACAUGGACGUCGACGUGGGAGAAGCUGUGAAUGGUGGACGCGACAACGUGAUGGCAAUGGCAAUGAGGACGAAAUGA